GGGCGCCAUGGAACCGGGUUCCGUUAUGAUCGAAACUAACAUGCAGGAGAAAUGUGAGCCUGCUUCAGAUGUUCUGGAAUCAGAAAGUGGAGUUUACACGAGGUUCAUGAAGAAUCACAAAUGCUAUGAUCUUAUUCCCAUCAGCUCAAAGCUUGUUGUUUUUGAUACUUCCCUGCAGGUGAAGAAAGCAUUCUUCGCUCUAGUAACUAAUGGGGUAAGAGCUGCACCACUCUGGGAUAGCAAAAUGCAAGGCUUUGUAGGCAUGCUAACCAUAACUGACUUCAUCAAUAUUCUCCAUCGCUACUACAAGUCAUCCAUGGUGCAGAUUUAUGAGCUGGAGGAACAUAAAAUUGAGACCUGGAGAGAGCUCUACUUGCAGGAUUCCUUUAAGCCUCUGGUUAGCAUUUCACCCAGUGCAAGUCUGUUUGAUGCAGUCUCAUCACUGAUAAAAAACCGGAUACACCGUCUUCCUGUCAUCUCUCCUGACUCAGGGAAUACUCUAUACAUCCUGACACACAAACGAAUCCUGAAAUUCCUUAAGCUUUUUAUGUCUGAACUUGAGAAACCUGGUUUUGUGACCAAAUCUCUAAAGGAUCUGCGCAUUGGCACUUAUGAAAAUAUUGCCCUUGUUCGCCCAGACACUCCUGUGUAUGUUGCUUUGGGCAUCUUUGUGCAGCGGCGGGUGUCUGCUUUGCCAGUUGUGGAUGACUCAGGACGAGUUGUUGAUAUAUAUUCCAAGUUUGAUGUCAUUAAUCUGGCGGCUGAGAAGACGUACAAUAACCUUGACAUCACAGUGACCAAAGCUCUGGGCCAUCGUUCCCAUUACUUCGAAGGUGUGCUGAAAUGUUACCAGCAUGAAACGCUUGAAACUAUCAUCAACCGGCUAGUAGAAGCAGAGGUUCACCGGCUGGUUGUGGUUGAUGAGAAUGAUGUAGCCAAAGGGAUUGUCUCGCUUUCAGACAUAUUACAGUGUUUAGUUUUGACAGCUGGGGGCGAAAAGAGCUUAAUUUAAAGGCUCUGAACUCAUCUGUAUGAGGCACUACAAAUUAGCAUCUACAUGCAGUACUGAGUAAGCUGCAAAAUACCAGCAAUACCUUGAACACUUGGAGAGAGUCCUGGAAAAACUAGAUUGUGACAUCUAGUGGAUAUAUAAAAGCAAUACUGAUUCCAUAGUUCUCACCUCUAAGCAAUCCUCAGACUGAACAUUUCCACUGUUUGCAAAGACUCUUUCUGAGAGAUCUACAGCACUAUGAAACAUUAUUAAUAUUUUUGCACACUUCCAGUAUUUUAGGGCUUAAGCCCUCAUAAAUAUGUAUGCACUGCCCAAGAACCCUAGCAGCACAUUAUUCUUCCCUGCUCUCUGCAUGUUGAUGUGCAGUGUGGAAGGAUACAGCUGAAAUGCCCAGUAUAGGGGGUCAUGACAGAGAGUAGGAUGCCUGUUAUAUUUUGGAGCUGCAUAAAUUUUGUACAUCACGAUCACUUUUUUUUGCCACCAUUUUCUGUUCGAUCUUUAGACCUAGGGAUGAUAAAAGAAACUCCAUCAUUUCUAUGGUUGUGCAGUGAAAUGACUGCUUCUCCCAGACAAGGUUAAUUUUGUUUUUAAUCAAUGUUAAUGUUGCAUCUGUUAUGGGCACAAAAGAAUAGAUUCCUUUAAUACCAAGUAUCUGUCACAUUUUUCCUGUGUCCAUCAGAUUUUCAGAUUUUGGACAAUAAUUGUCCAUGAGUAAAACACAACUGAAUAAAAUUCUCUUUAAUUUU